AUGGUGAUCUACGGAUUUUUUGGAACAUUUUUGUGGCUGGUUUUGGUGGAGAAAGCGAUUUGUAUACGUGAGUUUUUUUUUAAGGGAAACGAAAAGGAAAUUGAAAUUCAGAAACAAUACCAAAAAUGAAAUUUAAAUUACAUUUCUAAAGUUCUAAUUCAAAAAUUUUUGUAUCUCAAGAGCAAUGUUUAGCUAUUUUAUUGUUGAAUUAUAACAUUAUCAGCAGCAUAAUCUUUGUGGGACAAAAUUUUCCAACAUUUCAUUUCUGAAGUUCUGGAUUGUUCCCAAAAAAAUCUUUAAAAAAUGUUCUAUUGAAAAUCACUUAUUUUUCCUCAAAAUUUCCCAUGAAUAUACAAUGUCAUUUUUUCGUAUGUAAAAUGAAAACAGCUGAAUUCUCCUCAAAAAAUAUUUUGUCAAAACAAGAGAUCCAAAAAUAAGUAUCUGAGUCUAGUUGGCCUAAUAUAUAUUUCCAGUCAUCAACUUAUUGUGCUUUGCUCAAUUUCUACUUUUGCUCAGCUCAUAAAGUUUUCACACGCUUUUGUUAUUAGGAAGAAAGUUCAAUUACUCACUAAAAACUCGAGGAAAAAAAUUAAUUUAUUUUUCUGCAACUUCAUCUAUUUCAUUUAGUAAAUACCAAGAACAAACUCUAAAAAAUAUGCAAUCUGGAAAAAAAAAGAAUCACACUCUAAUUGGACUCAAAUUCAAGUUUUUUUAAAGUUUUGUCUCGUGUUUUUUCCAACCCACGAUUUCUCUAUUUUUUCACUACAAAUCGGGGAAAAAAGGAAUUCCAAAGAAAAACUUUAGAAGAAAUUGGUUUUUACUUGUUUUUUUCCUGUCUUCGUAGGUUUUUUUGAGUCGAAUGAAAUAAAAUUGACGUGUUUGGAGUAUUUGACAAAAAAACAUUGUUAUGACGUGGCAAAUGCUCAGUUUGAAAAUUUCAACUCAGAAUGAACCCGAGGUUGUUGAACUCAAAAUUAAAAUAAAAACUCUUUGUUAAUAAAAUUUAAAAGUUUUGGUCAGUUUUGCCACGUCAUAACUACUUUAUUUUGACAUUCUUUAUCUUUAAAAUGUUUUCUUUUCUUCUAAAAUUUUCAGCUCAUUCAAUCAUUUUGAUAGAUCAAAAAAGAGUCAAGUCUAAAAAAAUCCCGAAAUUUCGCUAAUUAAUUAUGUUUUCUGUUAAUUUAUAAUAAUUCAAUUCAAAACCACUCACCCCCGAAAAAUCCCAAACUUCAAUAAUCAGAUUCUUUCCGUUUCCUCUUGUUAGACAUGAUGCACUUUUUCUUUUUUCUUUUUUUGUUGUUGUUAAAUCUGUCCCUGAAGAAAGAAGAAAAUCGACAUUUCCGGCCGACUGGAUAAAAUAUGUAGUAGUAGAUAGAAGAAGUCAGGAGCAAAACCACAUUCAAAAGAAACAAAAACAUUUUUUUCGCCCCAUUUUUCGUUCAACUUUCUCUUCAUUUUCUCUUUGUUUUUUUUUCAGUGAUUUUUGAACACAAAAGUGUUGAAGUAGCUAACAUCAGAAGAGAAAACGUAGAAAAAUGGGUAAGUUUCGAAGAUUAUUCAAUUUAUAAAGUUAUGAAUAGAAAAAAAGAAGCUUUGUUAAAAUAGGGAAAAUCAAAAACCUCAAUUCAUUCUGAAUCUCGAACCAUGGAUUUUGCAGACAACGAAACUUCAAAUAUUCUACGUGACAUAUUUUCGGACUAUGAUAAACGUGUACUUCCAUUCAAUUCUGGUCCCGUUUUGGUGAACAUGACAAUUGUUUUGGGUAUUCUUAUUGAAUUGGUGAGAAUAUUUUUGAUUUGAGCUAAUUAUCGGAAAUCUUAUUUUUGAUUAUAUUUUCAGAAAGAGAAUCAACAAUUAGCCGCUUAUGUCAUCUCUCACACACAGCGAUGGUACGACGAAAGAUUACGAUGGGAACCGGCACUUUAUCGUGGUCAAAGUGAAGUAAUAGUUCCUCAAAGUAUGGUCUGGAUACCAAAAUUAUUUGUCUAUAACAGGUACCUUUCAAUGCACAAAUGAUCAAGAAACUCAGAUGUUUUUUUUUCAGCCUUGAAUCAAAAGACAUGCUGACCGAAAAUCGUGCAGAUGUUAGGCUUUAUCACACAGGCCGAAUCAAAAUAAAUAUACCGCAAUAUGUUCAGGCGAUUUGUCGAAUUCAAACCGAAUCUUUUCCGUUUGAUUGCCAAUUUUGUGCAGUAGCUUUAGCAUCGCCUUUGCUGAAUGUGAAAGAAAUGAAAGUUAAUGCAACUCAACCGCCGCUAGACUCUUAUUUUACUGUGAGUUUAUCUUAGUCUUAGUCUUAGUCUGAUACUCGAGAUUUUUUUACUGAUUAGCCAUCCACUUUUUUAGGGAAACGCUGAAUGGUAUUUAUUCAAUGUAACAGUCCGACAUAUGGAAUUUGCUGAAGAAGGCGAAUCCCGUGUCGAAGUUCAAUACAUUUUCCAUCUCCAACGUCGCCCAAUUUAUUACAUCACAGUUAUCGUAGCCCCAACAUUUUUGAUCUCCGCACUAUCGAUUCUCGGAAUUUUCAGCCCCGGAAGCAACGAUGGUCCGAGAAAUGAAAAGGUUAGUCAUAUAUUUUUGCAACAUUUUUUGUGGUGAACCUUAUACAUAUCUAUUCAUAAUUUGCCGUGGUCUCAUUGAGCACCAACCCCUAUUUUUUGUUGCAGUGAAGAAUGAUAAAUAUACAUUUUUCUAGAAUCAAAGUAAUGAGAAUGUAAGUUGCAAAGUAUAAUAUAUCAAUCAUUUUCAUUAACUAUACCCACUUUGAACAGUUUUGCAUGCUACAUUUCACUAUUUAUAAUAUUAUUCUGAUUAGCUUGAUUUUGUUGCUCUUUUGACAAUAUCGUAAGGUUUUCCAAUUUCUAGGUAUCACUCGGUUUGGGAAGUUUGUUAGCAAUGACUGUUUUAUUGGGUAUUGUUGCCGGAGCAAUGCCAAAGAGUAACGAUAUCCCUUUACUUGGAUAUUAUAUUUUGGUGGUAAUUGUGUUAUGCGCGGUGGCGGUUGGAAUUUCUAUGGCAUUUUUAGCUGUCAGUAGACAUUUCAUACAAAAAGGUUGGUUAACAUAGAAAGAAGAGUGUUAUUGGAAUGAGCCAUAAUCAUUUGAAAGUUGAUUUUCAGAACAAAUGCCAUCGAAACGUUUGUUACGAAUGAUGUUCCUAACCGAAUAUCGGAAAAGGCGCUCAACAAUCUUUCGAGGUGUACAUAAUUAUAGACAUAGUCAAGAUUGUGAUAAGUAAGGAUCAUUUUUCUCCUUCAAAACUAUUAUUUUUCCAACCAUGUGAUUUCAGCCAAAUGUAUUCAAAGGUUCCGGAAAUUCAAUCAAUUUGCAAUAUGAUGGAAGAAAUUGCCGAUUCACAUCGAAGUAUGCGACGAAAAGCUGACGCAAAAGCCAACAAAAAACUAGUGGAAAAGGAAUGGUCAAGGGUAUUCGCGAGAUUUGACUAUUUCUUUCUGGUCGUUUUUCAAACUUUCAAUCUUACUGCGUUGGCUGUUUUUCUACGUGUUGCUUGGUUGCCGACUCCUGAACUUCGAGAACAGAUUCUAUAA